GACGCUGUUUCUUGCUUCUUAAAAAGGAAAAUUGAUGGGCAGCCCGUAGGCUCCGCCUAUAAUGGACGUCCUCUUAAAAGCAGUGCGUGACGUUAUCGCUAGGCGACUCCAUCUUUGUCAGUGAACAAAAUGGCGCCGUACUAUGUCCUAGUCGGUCGGUUGCAGCAAGCCUUGAAUAAAUGUGUACGGAGGUACCAUGUCACUCCCUCCCUGUGCCAGAGGGCCAAUGUGGCUAUGAGCCAAUUUGAGCCCAGUGAAUAUGUAAAGUAUGAAUUGCUUGAAAAAAACAUCAACAUUGUGAGAAAACGAUUGGACCGUCCCCUCACCCUCUCAGAGAAGAUUGUAUACGGCCACUUAGAUGACCCUGUCAAGCAAGAGAUUGAGCGAGGCAAGACAUACCUACGUCUGCGGCCAGACCGUGUGGCCAUGCAAGAUGCCACUGCUCAGAUGGCAAUGCUGCAGUUCAUCAGCAGUGGGUUGCCCAAAGUGGCUGUGCCCUCAACCAUUCACUGUGAUCACCUUAUUGAAGCACAGCAAGGUGGUGACAAAGAUCUCCGAAGAGCAAAGGAUAUUAAUCAAGAGGUAUACAACUUCCUAGCUACAGCAGGUGCCAAAUAUGGAGUGGGCUUCUGGAAACCUGGAUCAGGAAUCAUUCACCAGAUCAUCCUGGAGAACUACUCCUAUCCUGGUGUUAUGAUUAUUGGUACAGAUUCCCAUACCCCCAAUGGUGGUGGCUUAGGUGGAAUCUGUAUUGGAGUUGGUGGAGCUGAUGCUGUUGAUGUGAUGGCAGGAAUCCCUUGGGAGCUUAAAUGUCCAAAGGUAAUUGGUGUAAAACUAACUGGUGAGCUGUCUGGCUGGACCUCUCCUAAAGAUGUGAUUCUGAAAGUAGCUGGCAUCCUUACAGUGAAAGGUGGUACAGGAGCUAUCAUAGAAUACCAUGGACCAGGCAUAGACUCCAUUUCUUGCACAGGAAUGGCAACUAUCUGCAACAUGGGGGCAGAAAUUGGUGCCACCACUUCGAUCUUCCCUUAUAAUCAUCGGAUGAAGAAAUAUUUGUCCAAGACUAGACGGGCUGACAUUGCUAAUCUAGCAGAAGAAUUUCAGGAGCACUUGAAGCCUGAUCCUGGCUGUUCUUAUGAUCAACUGGUUGAAAUUAACCUAAGUGAGCUGAAACCCCUUAUCAAUGGGCCUUUUACUCCAGAUCUGGCACACACUGUACAAGAAAUUGGCUCUGUGGCAGAAAAGAAGGGCUGGCCAGUGGAUAUUAAAGUAGGUCUGAUUGGUAGCUGCACCAAUUCAAGCUAUGAGGACAUGGGGCGUUCCACUGCCGUGGCAAAACAAGCACUUGCUCAUGGGGUUAAAUGCAAAUCUCAGUUCACCAUCACUCCUGGCUCAGAGCAGAUCCGGGCCACUAUUGAAAGGGAUGGCUAUGCACAAGUGUUACGGGAUGUUGGUGGAGUGGUUCUUGCCAAUGCUUGUGGACCAUGUAUAGGCCAGUGGGACAGAAAAGAUACCAAAAAGGGAGAGAAGAAUACAAUUGUUACAUCUUACAACAGAAACUUCACUGGUCGCAAUGAUGCCAAUCCAGAAACUCAUGCCUUUGUGACGUCCCCAGAGAUUGUAACAGCUCUGUCUCUUGCUGGUACCCUGAAAUUUAAUCCAGAGGUAGACUAUCUGACAGGAACGGAUGGCAAGAAGUUCAGACUAGAGGCCCCUGAUGCUGAUGAGCUGCCCAAAUUGGAAUUUGAUCCAGGUCAGGACACUUAUCAGUACCCCCCGAAGGAUGGCAGUAACCAGCAUGUGGAUGUGAGCCCCACCAGUCAGCGCUUGCAGCUCCUUGAGCCCUUUGACAAAUGGGAUGGCAAGGACCUGGAAGACAUGCUGAUCCUCAUAAAGGUGAAAGGGAAGUGUACUACUGACCACAUCUCAGCAGCAGGUCCAUGGCUAAAAUUCCGUGGCCAUCUGGACAACAUUUCAAACAACUUACUGAUUGGAGCCAUCAACAUUGAGAAUGAAAAGGCCAACUCAGUAAGGAAUGCAUUAACCCAGGAAUUUGGGCCUGUUCCUGACACAGCACGUUACUACAAGAAACAUGGUGUUAAGUGGGUGGUGGUUGGUGAUGAAAACUAUGGUGAAGGCUCAAGUCGGGAACAUGCUGCUUUGGAACCACGGCAUCUAGGAGGAAGAGCCAUCAUUGUCAAGAGUUUUGCAAGGAUUCAUGAAACCAAUCUGAAGAAGCAAGGUCUCCUACCACUGACUUUUGCUGAUCCAGCUGAUUAUGACAAGAUCCACCCAGUGGACAAACUGAGUAUUGUGGGUCUAAAAGAUUUUGCUCCUGGGAAGCCCCUGAAAUGCGUUAUCAAACAUCCUAAUGGGAGCCAAGAAACAAUUAUUCUGAAUCACACCUUCAACGAGACUCAAAUUGAGUGGUUCCAAGCUGGUAGUGCACUCAACAGAAUGAAAGAGCUGCAGAAGCACUGAACCCACAAACACGCACAUCCAGUGGACUUGAUGACUGUCUCCAUAAAAGUGCAAUUCCACAAAAAAUUUUGGGAAUAAAUGUCUGUGAUCAAAUGUAAUGGUAGCUUCCUCUUUGUUACAGUGCUCACUUGCUGACACUAAUAGGAGUACUGUCAUUUUUUUUUCAUUAUCAGGUUCCAGCUUUCAUAGUUGCCUAUGGUUGAUGCAUUUCAGUUGUCCCAUAGUGCUUUGUAUGUAUUCGGUGAUGGCAAAAGAAAGGAAUAUUGAACGAUGAUUGUUCUUGUGGAAAAUGAAAUAAAGAUUGUGACUGACA